UUUUCCUACAAUCUUUACAUUUUCUGAAGCUGUUUGGAGUUUGGUUGUUUUGAUUUUUGUUUUGAAUUUUUUGCUCGAAACCACCGCUGUGGGUUUGGGAAAUUUUAAAAAAAAUCUGGAAAAGUUUGAAAUUUCUGGUUUUCUUUUGGAUUGUUUAAAUGAUACUCCAACGAAUGAAAAUAUUAAAACAACUACGACCAAUGGCUUCUGUAAAAUACUUUCCAUUAUCCUCCAGAUCACCCAGCACAGGGGUUAAGCAACCAAAGGAAAUUGCUUCGUUUUCCAGAAACAUAAAACAGGAAUACGAAAACAACGAUUCUUGUCUAAGCUAUUACUAUUUUCCUGAUCAAGAGGUCGAGAAACCAGCUAAUGUUGAUUUGAGCCAUGGCUUUCAAAAGUUUAAAAAAAUGGACGAAACUAAAGAUGGCGACCUAGAUGGUUUAUUGAAGGCAAUAAUUGCUUACGAAAAAAAAUACAAUGCUGUCAUUCCCAAAAUUGAUAUUAUCACUUUCCGAGGCCUCAUGAGAAAAAUCUUAACAAUUCCUUAUGGCAAUGAAUCGUUUGAUUUCAAUUUACUUUGCUUUGACAAUCAAUUGUUUAUAAAAUCUGACAAAGAGUCUGAUAUGAAAAGAAAUGAACUUGAACAAAAAAGAAUGCAAAAAAGAAUAAAUAAGAGUCAUGGAAAAAAGAUAUCCAAUCUAAGUGAAAAAUUUGUGUAUUCUGGUUAUAAAUUCGAAACGUUAACUACAUUGAAUAAACCUUGGUCGAAGUGCUCCAGAGAUGAAAUUGAAAAAAGAUACAAAAAAGAAGUGAAUAAUAUUGAACAAUAUGCUGUGGUAGUGAAAACUGGUAUUGGUAAAAAUAAAAUGCUAUUGUGUGGUGAAGUAGACUGUGUUUUUGAUUACAAACCUCAAGCUUCAGAUUUUGAUGAAGACAAUCCUUUGACACAUUAUGUUGAAUUGAAAACUUCUAAAACUAUUAAUGACAUUUCAGCUUAUAACACUUUCAGAAAGAAAUUGUUUAAAGCUUGGGCUCAAUGUUUUUUAAUCGGUAUUCCAAAGAUAAUAUAUGGUUUCAGAGAUGAUCAGCUCAAAUUAAAAGCCGUUGAAAUGUUUAAAACAGAAGACGUUCCUGUUUUGAUUAAGGCAGAUCCACAAGAAAGAGGAAAUCAAAUAAGUUGCAUUGAUGCCAUUAAAUGGUAUGGUGCUGCCAUUGAAUGGAUUUGGGCCAAUAUUGAUGUCAAGAAUGAAAAAACAGUUUGGAGGUUAUCUUACAAUUUUGAAAACAAAACAUUUAGUCUAAGGGAAUUACCUGAAGAGAAAAGUUCUGAGAUAAUCAACAAUUAUGAAAUUUUAACUAAAGAAUUUGUGGAUUGGAGACUUCAAUUAAGAUCAAAUCAAAACUAGUUUCCAAAUAAAUAAGUGUAUUAAAAAUUUAAUGGGGUUGUUUUUUUAUUUGUUUUGUAAUUCAAUUUUUGCUAUAUAAUUUAUAAAUAUUAGGGGAGAAGGUGUUGUUUGUUUUUUCCUUUUCCGUUUUUAAAAUUAAAAAUUUUGAUUUUGAUUCAUGAAAUUCUGCUUUCUUCCUCAUUAUAUUUUUUGAUUAAUUUAAUCACCUUCAACCUCCAUCUUGUUGAACUCAAAAAUGAAGCAUAAUUCCAGGUAAGAUUUUUCAUUCCUUCUAAUUUUCCAUUUACUCCAUUAAAAGUCUCGCUCAUUGAACCAUCAUAAUCCACAUAUUUUUGAAUGACUUUUAAAAAUGAAUCGGAAAAAUUCAAUAACCCUUCAAUUGUAACUUCAAAGUUUUUUGAUCCAUAUUUAAUAAUAUAAUCCCCAUUUUGGUCUAAAUUUUUUAUA